AUGGUGACCUCGCGAUGCUCUGUACUCACUCUCAUGAUUGCCUUCAUGCUUCUCCCUACUACAAUGCCUUUGCUAGCAGCCUCAAAGGCGAUCGACUUGCGCGAUCCCAGGCUUCUUGCCAAGAGAGCUGGUCCAGGUCUUAGCUUGAAUAGCGGUGAUGUCUCUGGAAAGGCUGCUUUCUCGCCGAACGGUCCGAACAAAGGCAACCUCACUGCGCAGACCUCUCAAGCUGGCGAGCCUUUUGAAUGCACGUUCAGCGUUACGGACGCCUCCGGUACAUUCACGUUCUACACCAGAUACCCUUGGGAUCUAAACACCAUCAACUGGACGGGCGGUGGGAGAGCCACCUGUACUAUCCCGAUGGUGUCGAUCUCCUACAACCUCUUUUCAGUCAGUCCAGACAGCAGGAAACACACCAUUGCCGACGGUAAAUGUCCCGGAUGUGCAAACCUCGUUGCGACGAACACGAAUUAUAAAUGUACACAAGGUCUUGAUGAAUGUGAUGGGGAUUGGAAGGUUGGGUACAAUGUCAUCUUCGAGGUCGCACCGCCUAAUGUCUUCAAUACGGGAUGGGGAAGUUGUGUGGUUGCAGGGGCUACUGCGACGUGCACCGAGACCGUCGACGUCGGCACCGCGCCCAAAUACAACCUCGUUCUGCCCGAAGGUUUCACUAAUGCACCUCUGUUGACUCCAAUGGCCAUCGCGAAUAUUCGUAACGACCAUUUUGUCAGACCCGACGGCACGGUGAGGGAUACCUCAAAGGGAGUGUUCGAUUCUAGCAAAACGGACGCUGACUUGCAGUGGAUUCUCGAGCAGGGGAUGAAAGACCCUGCGCCAUGGGGACCGGCCACUGCGCCAACCUACCGACUCAAGCACUGGGGGUUGGCAGGACAGGGGCGAAAGUCACUCAACAGUCCACCAUUUAAUUCCGAUGGCAUGGAUUUGGUCAUCGAUAACGGGGGGAAUGUCAUCACGAUGUAUCCUACGUGA